GUGUUAAAUUUUCAAAAUCAUUCCCACAAAGCGCUGCGAGUGACCUUCUCUCUUUGCCGGCAGUCACGGAGCAAGUUAUCUUUCGUAAGUCCGGGUAGCAAAAUAAGAUGGCAGGCCGUGCUUUUACUGUUUGGUGGUCAAGGAUGAAGCCCUACUACACUCAGGCCUACCAAGAGAUGUGGGUGGGAAUUGGCAUCAUGUCCUACCUCUACUACAAAUUAUCAUAUGGAGGAAAGAAAGCUGUGAAAUCCAAACCUUCUGGACAUCAUUGAUCUUGGUGCUUACUGCAGCCUUCAUGACAUAUUCCUAGGACUGUUGGUGUCCUUGCCAUUCUCUUUUUCUCCAAAAUAUUCUCUAUGUAUAUUGAAAAAAAAUGUUGUACCUAUGUUGUCUGCAUUUUGGGUGAAUAAAAAGAAAUAUUUAAGCUUU